ACCGGGCGUCUUGGGCAGCGGAGCGGAGAUGGCGCUUCGGCAGGCGCUGGGAAGGGGCGCGCGGCUGGGCCGGGGCCUGCUGUGGCGCUGGCUCGGGGGAGCGCCUCCCCCUCCUGCUCCGCCCAAGCCGGCCGCCUUUCUCGCCCGCCGCCCGCAGCAGCCGCCGCCGGCCCGCCUGGGCUUCCUGCGUGAGGCCGCGGCCCGGCUGGGCCUGACCGGUGGGCCUCCGUCGCCGGGCCUGCUGCUGUUCCGGCAAAUGGCGCCGCGCGUCCCCCUCGGGCCUCGCCGCCUCGGGCUGGCCUUCGGCCUCGGGCUGGCGCUUCUGGAACCGGCGCUGGCCGAGCACAGGCAGGCGAGCGAGGCCUGUAAGGGCAUCCAGACAAUAUUUAUCCAGAGGAACAAACCUCAGAAAGAGCCCCUGGGCUUAUUCCGCCAGCAAGGCUUCAAAUUGGAAGAAUAUUGCAUUGGCCGAUCUAUUGGCAAAGGCUGCAGCGCAGCUGUGUAUGAAGCAACAACCCCUUUUGCCAUGCCUCACAAAGCAAGUUCAGAGCCAAAAGCUGAUCAUUUUGAUCAUUGCGAUGGUUCAGAUGCCCAGACUGGAGGGGGAAAGCUCUGCCAAGUUGGUUGUUGGAGAACUGGCUUCCCGCUGGCAAUCAAGAUGAUGUGGAACAUUUCGGCUGGUUCUUCAAGUGAAGGCAUCCUCAACUCCAUGUCACAGGAGCUUGUUCCAGCCAGCGGCUCGGCCUUAUCUGGAGAAUUUGGUGCGAUCACUCCUCCCAGGCAACUUGUCUUUGGGAAGAAGAGGCUGAAACCUCAUCCAAAUAUAGUCCAGGUGCUUCGAGCAUUCACAUCACAUGUCCCACUGCUUCCCGGUGCAACGGUGGACUAUCCGGAUGUUCUGCCCUCCACACUGAAUCCCUCUGGAAUAGGGCACAGCCGCACACUCUUCCUAGUGAUGAAAAACUACCCAUGUACGCUGCGCCAGUAUCUCUGCGAGAGGAGCCCAGCUGCCCACCUGGGCACCAUGAUGAUCCUGCAGCUACUGGAAGGGGUGGACCACCUCGUUCGACACGGAGUGGCUCACAGGGAUUUGAAGUCUGACAACAUCCUCGUUGAGUUUGACGCCGCUGGGUGUCCAGGGCUGGUCAUCUCAGAUUUUGGCUGCUGUUUGGCUGACAAAACAAUUGGCUUGAAACUCCCUUUUACCAGCUGGUAUGUGGAUCGUGGGGGCAACGGCUGCCUCAUGGCACCAGAGGUGGUCACUGCUACACCCGGCCCAGGGGUUGUGAUAGAUUACAGCAAAGCAGAUACGUGGGCAGUUGGGGCAAUGGCAUAUGAGAUCCUUGGUGCCCAUAACCCCUUCUACGGCAAAGGGGGAGCUGCUCUGGAAAGCAGGAGCUAUCAAGAUGAGGACCUGCCGCCCUUGCCAGAAACUGUACCCCUGGAAGUGAGGAAGUUGGUUGGAUUGCUGCUUCGGAGGGAUCCGGCCAAGAGGCUCUCUGCACGCGUUGCAGCUAACGUCCUCCACCUGAGUCUCUGGGGUGGUGAUACUCUCAGCCUGGAGGACCUGAGACCCACCAAGAUGGUUGGCUGGCUUCUUCACCAAUCCCUUGCCACCUUAUUGACAGACCGCUUUGGAGAUGGGAGCAAAGUCGAAACAACACUGAAGAGGUGCUUUCUGGCAAACCUGGAGUAUGAAGAUCUCUUUGAGGCGGCCGCCCUGCUCCACUCUUGGAGGAGCAUAGUGUCGUGAUGGGCUCAGCCGUUGUUGCCGUUUCCUCUGAUGUUCCACUAAAAGCAUUUAAACUGGCUAAGCUACCUCUUCCUUGCUGACAAGAAGCACUUUCUAGGGGUUGGAGUGUUCUCAUUGCAAAGGUAGAUUGGGUUUGGUUCUGCUGAAAAAAAAA